UGUAGACAGGGGCGUCGGCCCCACCCUCAGCCGGCCCCUUGGAAAGCCGAGCGUGAGCCGCCGCCUCCCGCAGCUCCCAGGGCUUCGGAACCGAGGCGCCAGCAUUCCGAACCUCCCCAGACGCUGCCAGUCGGAGACCGCCAGGGAUGGGCGGCAGGGUCUGGCUGCCACUCCCCGCGCUGCUCCUGGCCGCUCUGCCCCUAGCGCCGCUGCGGGGCGCGGCCGGCUUCACGCCCUCCUUGGACAGUGACUUCACCUUCACGCUGCCGGCCGGCCGGAAGGAAUGCUUCUACCAGCCCAUGCCCCCGAAGGGCUCGCUGGAGAUCGAGUACCAGGUUUUAGAUGGAGGAGAACUAGAUAUUGAUUUCCAUCUUGCCUCUCCAGAGGGCAGAACCUUAGUUUUUGAGCAAAGAAAAUCAGAAGGUGUACACACUGUAGAGACUGAAGUCGGUGACUACAUGUUCUGCUUUGAUAACACAUUCAGCACCAUUUCCGAGAAGGUGAUUUUCUUUGAGUUGAUCCUGGAUAACAUGGGAGAAGAGGUUCAAGAACAAGAAGACUGGAAAAAGUUUAUCACUGGCACAGAUGUUCUGGAGAUGAAGCUAGAGGAUAUCCUGGAAUCCAUCAACAGCAUCAAGUCCAGACUAAGCAAGAGUGGCCACAUACAGACUCUGCUUAGGGCAUUUGAGGCCCGUGAUCGAAACACUCAGGAGAGCAACUUCGACAGAGUCAACUUCUGGUCUGUGGUUAAUUUGGUGGUCAUGGUGGUGGUGUCAAGUAUUCAGGUUUAUAUGCUGAAAAGUCUAUUUGAAGAUAAGAGGAAAAGUAGAACGUAAGAUGAACGUUGAGAAAAAGAGGCAGAAAAUUCUAAUACACUGUCACAGUUAAGAUCAUCAGUCAUCUUUCCCUAACAGUUUCAGAAAUUAAGUGCAAGAUGUAAAUUUUAAUAUACAAGGAAAGUCCUCACUUUAUGUCCAGGUAGCUAUAUUGACUUAGUUAUACAACAAGAUAUCAUAAAAUUUAGAUUUGAUUGAAUGAAGCCAUAUUAACUAUUUUCCUAAGUUUAAAAUUCGUUCCCAGAUAUCACAUAGGAAUUAAAUACAUGAACAGUGUUCAUAAAUAUACCCCCAGUUUGCUUUGACCUAAGACGCUCUCUGUACAUGUGGCAGGUACAAAUUUAUUGAAGAGAUUUUCAGUUUAUUAGGUUAUGAAUCAUUUGAAAAUUAUAUAAUUGUAGACGGGAUAGAUCAGCUUUUCGUUGUGACAGCUCUCAAAAAAAAUAUGUGUGUCUGUAUAUAUAUAUACAUAUAUACAUAUUUUAAAAAUAGCUAAUGUUAAGCAUUAUCCAGAAAUCUCAAUUUUAUAUUGAGUCUGCAUUUCCAAAAGCUGAUAUUUUUAUAAUUAAAACUGGAAAGGUAUUCUUUCCUCAUAAAAAUUAGGCAGUGUCUUUGGUUUUGAAAUGGUAUUAUGUGAAGUCUUUAUGUGAUAUAUAAAGGGAAGUUGAUGUUUAUGAAUGAGAUGCGUUCUGUCUAGACAUUAGCUAAGAUUAAAUUAGAGAUAAAGUGAGCCUGUUUCUAUAUUACCCAUCAACAGUGUGAUGUUGGUUUCGACACAACUAUUGGUUUUGAUAGUACAUUAUCACCAGCAGGCGUGAGGGACAUACCAUUGAAAAGAUCUGACUGUAGGGUAAAUAAGCAGCUCCUUUAUAAGCUCUCAGAAUCAUCAGAAACGAGGAAAAACAAGAUAAACGCGAGAAUACCAGAUCCAAAAAGUUCACCUACAUAGAACUGUAAUGAAUCAGAUACACUCUUCCUGAUAUACCAAAUCUAGAUGAAAUCAGAUAUCAAAGAAGUAAUUUGAAAAUCACUGGAGGAAAUUCUAUUUGUCAUAGUGAAAAUUUUCUAGUUACUGUUUUGAAUUAUAAAUUAUCAUAUAGUUUAUGAAAUAUACAUACCAUAAGAUUUAGCACUAGGUAUACAUAUUUAUUACAAUUUUUAUUAUAACCCUCACAGAAUUACCUCUGAUCACUUAUUGACUUUGAAGAAUUAGAACAAUCCCAAAUUAUAAACACCUAAUAUGGCAUAAAAGCCAAAAAUGUUCUGUCUUUCUAGUUUAUCAGUCUGUAGUACAAUCUUAUUCAACUUCUACUAACUUAAUCUGAAACAAUUUAAGUUGCACCCAUUAUGUUAUGAUAAACUGAUUAUUUAGAAAUAAUAAACAGUCAAGUCUGGGUAUUGAACCCAUGUAUAUCUUGAUGGAAUUCUUAUUAAGCGUUAAUGAUCUUGCACUGUCCUCCUACCUCACACAAAAUUAUGAUCCCCAGAAAUAUACUAUAUUUUUCUGAUCAGGCACUUGGGAAAAGACUAGAAAUUAAUUUUUUCCUAUUCAGAGGCUUUUCAAAAUGUGAGAUAAAUGCCAUAUACGAUCAAAAACUGGCCAAGAAAAAUGCUUCAGUAUUCUAAGCAAAGCUGCUACAAUAUGUACAGAACAAAGGCCAAUAAGAUCAUUACAGAAGAAACUUCCCUUUUCACUUUCUUUUAAGUACAAAAGAAGCAAGCUCUAAGGUACCAUAACUGAGAGCAGAGUACACCAGAGUCUACUGCGUCUUCUCUGUGAGACUGUGAUUAAGAAUUCUACCUCUUAGAUACAGCUGAUACUGUACUGUACUCAUUGCUUAUCUCACACUGUAUUUGUUACAUUGUCUUGUAUGUAAUCUGUGCCACUGAUUUUUAAAUCUUUAAUUCAGUUACUUCCUACCAUUUAAAAUGGUAAUAGUAGCUUUACUGAAAAAAACAAAUAACAUAGGAACGUUAAAGAUAUUUUAUUUUUAUAGACAAAAGAGAUACUAAGAACCAUGUUGCCUGCAUUAACCACAAAAAAUUAAAAUUUAAGCAAAACCCAAAAUGUUUCUUUUUAAAUGUGUAUUUUCUGCUUCAUGAGUUUUUUUUAUGUCAUUCAGUUACACUAAAAUCAAGUAAGCCAUCACUUGGUCUGAUUUGUUCUUAAUUAUAUAAAUUACUGCAGCAGUUUAACAGAAGUUUGGAGUUCAUAGUUCUGAGGUACAUUUGGAUUGUGUGCUCUUUUACAUGAAUGUCAUAAAACAAAAAGGCAAAUGAGUGUUGGAAAACAUAACUGAAAAUAAUUUAAAUCAAAAUAUAUUAGGUAUAUUUACCAUUAAAAGUGAUGUCUUAAAAUUAGCAAAAACUAAGUGACCUGUAAUUUUGUAUGAGUGAAAAUUCUUUUUCCGAAAUUUUAAAACAAUUCAGCAUGUAAUGUUAUUUUUCUUCUGGAGUGUAAUGCAAUGUUGCUCAAAAUUGCACUAUAUUUGUGAAUAGUCAAAUGAGCAACAGACUAUAUACUGAGCUCUUUUCAACUAAUAAAAGUUACUAUCAAAGAAAUCUUA